CCAUCCACCCACCCCCCAAAAGUAACAAAAAAAAGUUGUGCCACUUUGCGCGCCCCUUUUACAAAAACGGUUGCGUUUGAAGACAAGCCCUAGGGAGCUGGAGCUUUGCAAAAGCGGGUUGCAGCCCAGGGCAAAAGGUGGACAGCAUUGCAGCGCCUGCAGUUGGGAAGAAGUUGCUGCCCACUCGCCCAAGCCACCCUCCAAAAAGCUCUUCCCUAUCAGUCCAGCUGGACAGUGGAGCGCGCAAUGCCCAACGAGGCUUCUGCUGCUGCGUCUUCUUUCAACAAGGCUUCCUCCUCGGAGCAGAAUGGCAAAGGAGGGCCCUUGGGGAAGCCGCCGUCCUCCUCCUCCUCGGGCGCCCAGGCUCAAGGCAAGAAGGCCCCCCGCCUGCCCAAAUGCGCCCGGUGCAGGAACCACGGCUACUCCUCGCCCCUGAAGGGCCACAAGCGCUUCUGCAUGUGGAGGGACUGCCAGUGCAAGAAGUGCAGCCUCAUCGCCGAGAGGCAGCGGGUCAUGGCUGCCCAGGUUGCACUGAGAAGGCAGCAAGCUCAAGAGGAGGAGCUGGGGAUCAGCCACCCCAUCCCUUUGCCCAAUGCCACAGAAAUGUAUGUGAAGAAAGAGGGCAGCGCAAAUGGCUCUUGCCUGUUGUUGGAAAGCAGCAGCCCACAGCAAUCCACAACUGCAGCUACCACAGUGUCUAGUGCAUCCACAGAGGGACGGAUGCUGAUCCAGGACAUUCCCUCCCUGGCCAGCAGAGGGCAUCUGGAGAGCACAUCUGACUUAGUUGUGGACUCCACCUACUACAGCAGUUUUUACCAGCCUUCCUUGUAUCCUUACUACAACAACCUGUACAACUACUCUCAGUACCAGAUGGCUGUGGCCAGUGAAACUACUUCUGGCGAUAUGGGGAGCCCUCUGGUGGGAUCCCCAGUUAAAAACAGCCUCCGAAGCCUCCCAACAACAUACAUGUCAAGCCAGUCAGGAAACCAAUGGCAGGUGAAAAGCCCUGAGAACCGCCAUGGCGUGAGUUCCCAGUACAGGAUGCAUUCUUACUAUCCUUCUACUUCCUACUUGGGACAGAGCGUUGGGGGCCCUGCUUGUGUCCCACAGAUCUUCACUUUUGAGGAGAGUUCCUCUUACUCAGAAACAAAGGCAAAUGUAUUUUCACCACCCAGUAGUCAGGAUUCUGGCUUGGUUUCCCUUUCCAGCAGUUCUCCCAUCAACACUGAAGGCACCAAAUCUGUCUUGGAUUGUGAGUCAACCUCUGAUUCCGGCACCUUCCCUGUUCAUUCUGUCAUUGAAAAUGGUGAAUAAGCAACAUUAAAGGAAGUCCUGCUGGCUGCCUUGAAGAAGUGCCUUCAUAUUCAGCUGUGUUUAUUUGUUUUGUGGCAACUAACACUGAUGUAAAUGUUGAGAAAAUGUUGAAUUAUUCCCUUUAUGUUUGUUUGACUAACAUUGACCGGCAAGGUUAGUUUAAGGACCAGAGUAAAAAAAGAGAGAGAGCUGUGACUAUUUUUUAAAGUAUAUUUCCAUUAAAGGGCCAGGAAAUGAGAUUGCUGGAUGUAAUCUUAGUACAAGAUUUAAAGCAGAUAAAAUGGUAAUCAAAGCUAAAUAAACAGAUAAGGCUCUUAAAUGUCCAAAUUGUACAGCUCCUAGAACACAGAGCAGUUUGUUAAAUCUUUUAGCUGCAUUCAAAAGCAAGAUAAUUUUUUAUAAAAUGUUCAUUGUGAUUACAAUUUUUAAAAUUGUCAUUAAGGCUUAUAACUUCUAGUCACAAGACGGAAUUGUUCAUGGGUUUUUAAAAAGGUGCUACAACAGAAAAAAAACCCUACCGUAUAAUGAGAUAUAGCUUUAUUUUAUCAAUUCCUACUCCUGUUUUCUCUUUUCAUAGUAUGCAAAAUUAGAAAACGGUUUAAACAAAAGUGAUAUUUUAAAAUUACAUGUAAUGAAUGUAUUGUCUUGUUGCUUUAUUUUUAUGCAAGGCAACUUGAAUUUGACUUGUUGUGCUUUUUGCCACUCACACAAAAAUUAACAUUGAUUUUGUGUUUUACACCUCAACAUACUGGUUACAACCUUGGCUUAAAAACAAGGCUGUAUUUUCAAGGUUACUAGAGAUAUUUUCAUUAUUCUGUUUAAAAUUGCUUAGCAUGCGCUUUUUCUAGGGUAACAGAAACCAACCUGAAAUGAAACUAGUCUUUAAAAAAUUCAUUGUUCUCUGUAGUUGCAGCAGCACCUGAAAUAAAAAUGUUAUUGAUGACCAAAUUUUGUUGUGUGUAUAGUUGGCGAGCUGUAUUAAACAGGAAAAAAAGAAA